CAGAACUGUACAGGAAAGCCGUUGCAUAUUCGAGGGUAUUACAUCGAACCUUUCCAUCGCGUUCUGCGUAUAAGCUACUUUGAUUAAGUUAGGCAAUAUAUUUUCUAUGGCAUGGUAUAAAAUAGUUUUGCAACGCUAUCAAGUUGUAUACCAUGGAAUAUCCCACUUGUCACUUGUACUUUCUUGGUAUGCACACUCGCAAAAAAGCGGGAAAUACAAUUGACUGGCAGGAUAUUCCAUGCUAUACCACGACGAAAAAGCGUUACUAGUAUGCAGAAAGUUUUGUAGAGUACGUGUUCCGCCACUGUUCUGCUUUAGUGACGUUUUCAUUGUCGUUGCCCUCGUGUUGACGUCAUAGUUCACCACUUAAUUCCCUUUGUCUUCAUUUGCCAAACUCCCGCAGAUCAUUUAUGAAGCUGAAGGUGAAAAAGGAGCGAGGGUUUUAUAAAGGAUUUCGCAAUCAGAAGUUUUCCAUCUUUUCAAAGAACGAAAUGCAUGUGUAAAACAUUAUUCCGUUUUUCUUGUCAAUGAAAUGAAACAGUCGAGUAGACUAAGUUAGUCCAGCACUCCCAGUACUAUGUCUUUUUCGGUCAGCUUCUUGUCUUCUUUGCUGUUUCUUGUUGUUACUUAUUUUACUUUCUCCUUUUCACUUCUUUCAGAUUGUAAAUUCACUCUAUUACAGGACAGCGGAACAUUUCAGACUCCGAAUUUUCCGGUAAAAUACCCCAACAAUAUUGAAUGCGUUUGGAACAUUCAAGUUCAGCCGGGUCGUUUUAUUUUACUCUCCUUCGAUGUUGUUGAGUUAGAAAGCUAUAGAGGGGAGUGCAUUGAUCUUGUAGAGGUAAAGGAUGGAAGCAGGUCUACAGAUCAACUUCUAGGUAGUUUCUGUGACAUCAGUCUUGUACCUAAGGUUAUCACAUCAAGCUCAAAUACCCUAAGAAUUUGGUUUUAUUCUGACAAAUCUGACGCAUACCAGGGAUUUAAUGGCUCUUACAUCAGCCAAUGGGAAAAAGGGUGUGGCGGUGCACUAACAAAACAUUCCCAAAGCAUUUCAUCGCCUCGCUACCCAGAUUAUCCAUAUCCAAACUCGAUACAAUGUGACUGGGUUAUCACAAUGCCGCGUGGCAAGUUUAUUCGACUCGAGUUCUCUGACUUUGAAGUGGAAUUCAACUGUGACGGCAAAUGCUGGUGUACUGACCAAUUGGAGAUAUGGGAAGGACCAGAAUUUAAUGAUACAAAGCUAGGAAGUUUCUGCGUGUCUGUCCAGGAGCUAAUAGUAUCAAAAACCAAUCGGAUAAGACUUCGUUUCACAACAAAUAAAGAAGGACGUUUCAAAGGCUUUUUUCUGUCAUACACAAGCUCCAUAACACCCGGUGAGUCAUUCAGUGUUAAAAGUGGGAUUUAAAAAAGAACUGGCGGUUUUUGGCGAGCAAUCAACUUACCGCGAAGAUUAUCCACUAAAGUCACGACAAAUAAAAAAUCCUGCUCAAAUGACAAUUGCUGCGUUCUCUCUACGUUAAGUGAAGAUACGUGCAGUUAACUGACGACUAACCUAAACUUUGACUCACUUGAGAUGAAAAUGCUGAAAUUAUGUUAGUGAGUCUUUUGCCGGUAUCUAUAGGCGGCCUACCGUCGUGAAUGUAUGUGUUUAUUAUAUGGCUGGCUCCGCGAGCAGGCAAGGUGAACCGAAUCCUGCGCUGUGAUUGGCUAACCGA